CGGGCGCCGGAGCGACGGCGGCGGCUGCGGCUCCGGGCUCGCUGAAGCGUCGGCGCGUCGCGCUCUGGGCUCAUGUAAUCAAAGAAGGUUCUUUGUUGUGUGUAUCUUUACAGAACACAACAGGAAUUGAAAAUGCAUCAGAACACUGAGUCUGUGGCAGCCACCGAGACUCUGGCUGAGGUACCUGAACACGUGCUUCGAGGACUCCCAGAGGAAGUAAGACUUUCACCAUCUGCGGUCGACAAGACUCGGAUUGGUGUCUGGGCCACUAAACCAAUUUUAAAAGGGAAAAAGUUUGGGCCAUUUGUUGGUGAUAAGAAGAAGAGAUCCCAGGUUAGGAAUAAUGUAUACAUGUGGGAGGUGUACUACCCAAAUUUGGGGUGGAUGUGCAUUGAUGCCACUGAUCCGGAGAAGGGCAAUUGGCUCCGCUAUGUGAACUGGGCUUGCUCAGGAGAAGAACAGAAUUUAUUUCCACUGGAAAUCAACAGAGCCAUUUACUAUAAAACCUUAAAGCCAAUCGCGCCUGGCGAGGAGCUCCUGGUCUGGUACAAUGGGGAAGACAACCCCGAGAUAGCAGCUGCGAUUGAGGAAGAGCGAGCCAGCGCCCGGAGCAAGCGGAGCUCCCCGAAGAGCCGGAGAGGGAAGAAGAAAUCACAAGAGAAUAAAAACAAAGGCAUCAGAACUCAGGCUGCACAGCCGAAGGCAAGUGAGCUGGACUCCACCUUUGCAAACAUGAGGAGCUCUGCAGAAGGUCCAAAAGAAGAGGAUGAGAGGCCUUUGGCUUCUGCACCUGAGCAGACAACCCUUCUGCCAGAGGUGGUAAGCCAAGAUGCAGUUCCACAGGUGGCCAUCCCUCUUCCUGCCUGCGAGUCACAGCCAGAGGCAGAUGAGAGACAAGAAGUCACAGACUGUGAGGUCAACAAUAUGAGGGAAGAGGAGGAGGAGGAGGAGGAGCUGGAAGAGGAAGAAGAGGAGGAGGAGGAGUUGGGAGAAGAUGGGGAGGAAGAAGCAGACAUGCCGAAUGAAAGCUUUGUGAAAGAGCCAGAGAUACGGUGUGAAGAAAAGCCAGAAGAUUUAUUAGAAGAGCCACAGAGUAUGUCAAAUGAAACUUCUGAAGACUCUCCAGACGUGACCCCUCCUCUCCACGUUCCCAGAACUAGAGAGGAGGCCAACGGUGAUGUGCUUGAAACAUUUAUGUUGCCAUGUCAGCAUUGUGAAAGAAAAUUUGCAACGAAGCAGGGGCUAGAACGUCACAUGCACAUCCACAUUUCUACAAUCAAUCACGCUUUCAAGUGCAAGUACUGUGGUAAACCGUUCGGCACACAGAUUAACAGGAGGCGGCAUGAAAGGCGCCAUGAAACAGGGUUGAAGAGAAGACCCAGCAUGACAUUACAGCCCUCAGAGGAUCCAGAUGAUGGCAAGGGGGAAAAUGUUACUUCUAAAGAUGAGUCGAGUCCACCUCAACUUGGGCAAGACUGUUUGAUAUUGAACUCAGAGAAAACCACACAGGAAAUACUGAAUUCAUCUUUUGUGGAAGAGAAUGGCGAAGUUAAAGAACUUCAUCCAUGCAAAUACUGCAAAAAGGUAUUUGGAACUCACACCAAUAUGAGAAGACAUCAGCGUAGAGUUCAUGAACGCCACCUGAUUCCUAAAGGUGUCAGGCGAAAAGGAGGACUCUUAGAAGAGCCGCAGCCACCAGCAGAGCAGGCCCCACCCUCCCAGAAUGUCUAUGUACCAAGCACAGAGCCAGAGGAGGAAGGGGAAGCGGAUGAUGUGUAUAUCAUGGACAUUUCUAGCAACAUCUCUGAAAACCUAAAUUAUUAUAUUGAUGGUAAGAUUCAGACCAACAACAGCACUAGUAAUUGUGAUGUGAUUGAGAUGGAGUCUAAUUCUGCACACUUGUAUGGCAUAGAUUGUCUGAUCACUCCAGUAACUGUAGAGAUUACUCAAAAUAUAAAGAGCACUCAGGUCUCUGUGACAGAUGAUCUUCUUAAAGAGUCUCCCAGUAACACAAAUUGUGAGUCUAAGAAACGGAGGACUGCCAGUCCACCUGUACUCCCCAAAAUUAAAGCAGAGACAGAUUCAGAUUCCACAGCACCCUCGUGUUCCUUAAGUCUGCCUCUGAGCAUAUCAACAACAGAGGUGGUGUCUUUCCAUAAAGAGAAGGGUGUCUAUUUGUCUUCAAAGCUCAAGCAGCUUCUUCAGACCCAGGACAAACUGACUCCUCCUGCAGGGAUUUCGGCAGCUGAGAUUCCUAAGUUAGGUCCCGUGUGUGUAUCUGCUCCUGCAUCCAUGUUACCUGUGACUUCUAGUAGGUUUAAGAGACGUACCAGCUCUCCACCCAGUUCUCCACAGCACAGCCCUGCCCUUCGAGACUUUGGGAAACCAAGUGAUGGGAAAGCAGCAUGGACAGACACAGUUCUGACUUCCAAGAAACCGAAGUUAGAAAGUCGCAGUGACUCACCAGCGUGGAGUUUGUCUGGGAGAGAUGAGAGAGAAACUGGAAGCCCUCCUUGCUUUGAUGAGUACAAAAUAUCAAAAGAAUGGGCGGCCAGUUCUACUUUCAGCAGUGUGUGCAACCAACAGCCGUUGGAUUUAUCCAGUGGUGUCAAACAGAAGUCAGAGGGCACAGGCAAGACUCCAGUCCCAUGGGAGUCUGUAUUGGAUCUCAGUGUGCAUAAAAAGCCUUGUGAUUCAGAAGGCAAGGAAUUCAAAGAGAACCAUUUGGCACAGCCGGCUGCAAAGAAGAAAAAACCAACCACCUGCAUGCUACAAAAGGUUCUUCUCAAUGAGUAUAAUGGUGUUAGCUUACCUACAGAGAGCACACCAGCGGUGACCAGGAGCCCAAGUCCUUGUAAAUCCCCAGAUACACAGCCAGAUCCUGAACUUGGUACUGACUCGAGUUGCUCAGCCCCCACUGCUGAGUCUCCACCUGAGGUUGUUGGCCCUUCAUCACCCCCUCUCCAGGCAGCCUCCCUGUCCUCUGGCCAGCUGCCUCCUCUCUUGAUCCCCACAGAGCCUUCUUCCCCUCCACCCUGCCCUCCUGUGUUAACUGUUGCCACUCCACCACCCCCCCUCCUUCCAACUGUCCCUCUCCCCAACCCUUCUUCUGAUGCCUCUCCUCAACAGUGCCCCUCUCCAUUCUCAAAUGCCACUGCUCAGUCUCCUCUUCCCAUUCUCUCCCCAACAGUGUCCCCCUCUCCCUCUCCUAUUCCUCCUGUAGAGCCACUCAUGUCUGCUGCUUCCCCUGGUCCUCCCACACUUUCCUCCUCUUCCUCCUCCUCUUCCUCCUCUUCCUUCUCUUCCUCUUCAUGCUCCUCCUCCUCCCCCUCACCUCCCCCUCUCUCAGCAGUGUCAUCUGUGGUGUCCUCUGGGGACAACCUGGAAGCAUCUCUCCCUGCAAUAACUUUCAAACAGGAGGAGUCAGAGAGUGAAGGUCUGAAACCCAAGGAAGAGGCCCCACCUGCCGGUGAACAGAGUGUUGUCCAAGAAACAUUCAGCAGAAACUUUGUUUGCAAUGUCUGUGAAUCACCUUUUCUUUCCAUUAAAGAUCUAACCAAACACUUAUCUGUCCAUGCUGAAGAAUGGCCCUUCAAAUGUGAGUUUUGUGUGCAGCUUUUUAAGGGUAAGACUGAUCUAUCAGAGCACCGAUUUCUGCUUCAUGGAGUCGGAAAUAUCUUUGUGUGUUCUGUAUGUAAGAAAGAAUUUGCCUUCUUAUGCAACUUACAGCAGCACCAGCGUGAUCUCCACCCAGAUGAGGUGUGCACACACCACGAGUUUGAAAGUGGGACCCUAAGGCCCCAGAACUUCACAGACCCCAGCAAGGCCCAUGUGGAGCAUAUGCCGAGUUUGCCAGAAGAGCCUGUGGAAGCUUCUAGAGAGGAGGAGUUAAAUGACUCCUCUGAAGAGCUUUACACGACCAUCAAAAUAAUGGCUUCCGGAAUAAAGACGAAAGAGCCAGAUGUUCGACUUGGUCUAAACCAGCAUUACCCGAGCUUUAAGCCACCUCCAUUUCAGUACCACCAUCGAAACCCUAUGGGGAUUGGGGUGACAGCCACAAACUUCACCACCCACAAUAUCCCACAGACUUUCACUACUGCCAUCCGCUGCACAAAGUGUGGCAAGAGUGUUGAUAACAUGCCUGAGCUGCAUAAGCACAUCUUGGCAUGUGCAUCUGCAAGUGACAAGAAAAGGUACACUCCUAAGAAAAACCCAGUGCCCCUGAGACAGACGGUGCAGCCCAAAAAUGGAGUGCUGGUUUUAGACAACUCUGGGAAAAAUGCCUUCAGACGGAUGGGGCAGCCGAAGAGACUGAGCUUCAAUGUUGAACUCGGCAAAAUGUCUCCAAAUAAGCUCAAGCUAAAUGCAUUGAAGAAAAAGAAUCAGCUGGUACAGAAAGCGAUCCUUCAGAAAAACAGAUCUGCGAAGCAGAAGGCCGACCUGAGGGACACUUCCGAGGCGUCCUCACAUAUCUGCCCUUACUGUGACAGGGAGUUCACGUACAUCGGCAGCCUGAAUAAGCAUGCUGCUUUCAGCUGUCCUAAAAAACCCCUUUCUCCUUCCAAAAGAAAAGUUUCCCAUUCAUCUAAGAAAGGUGGCCACUCGUCAUCUGCUAGCAGUGACAGAAACAGUAGUAGCAAUCCCCGGAGGCGGACCGCAGAUACAGAGAUCAAGAUGCAGAGCAUGCAGGCACCCUUGGGCAAGACCAGAGCUCGGAGUACAGGCCCUGCCCAAGCCCCACUGCCCUCCUCAUCCUUCAGAUCCAGACAGAAUGUCAAAUUUGCAGCUUCAGUCAAAUCCAAAAAAGCAAGCUCUUCCUCCUUGAGGAAUUCUAGUCCCAUAAGAAUGGCUAAAAUUACUCAUGUUGAGGGCAAAAAAUCCAAAGCUGUUGCCAAGAGUCAUUCUACUCAGCUCUCAAGCAAAUCGUCCCGAAGCCUGCAUGUGAAAGUGCAGAAGAGCAAAGCUGUUCUACAAAGCAAGACUGCCCUGGCCAGCAAGAAAAGAACAGACCGGUUCAUAGUAAAAUCUAGAGAGCGGAGCGGGGGCCCGAUCACCCGAAGCCUUCAGCUGGCAGCUGCUACGGACCUGAGUGAAAGCAGGAGAGAGGACAGCAGUGCCAGGCAUGAGCUGAAGGACUUGAGGAACUUCCUGUAGAAAAGUCCCCCCCACAAAACAAACCUUAACUGACUAAAAGAUAUUGCAUGCUCAACUUAGGAUAAGCACUACGGCAAAGGAUACGAAAUCUACCCAGCUUGCAAGACCAGUUGAAGCUGACUCAAAAGCUGUAACAUACAGCUGCUUACCAACAGGCUUCUUGCCCUGGUUAGUGUCAGGCAUCCAUCCAUCUCUUUGGUGGAGCUCACGUGUAUGCUGGGCUCUCGGGGAAUUGAAAUCCAAAGAGAAGGGUGCCAUAAGAUGGGCUAGAUGGACUGGCUCUUCCUCAUCACCGGACUGGCAGCUCAGCUCUGAGAGUGGCCCCUGAGUCUGGCAGAGAGCAGCCAAGAGAGCAAUUGAACUGAACCUUGCAAAGCAAGUGCCCUUGUUUUAUGAGUGGUCCUAGUUUCAGGGAUGACAGAUCGGGUGUACCCACCUCAGAAAGCUUGCUUACGGCAGCCCUCGAUGCCUUCUUUCAUGUGAAUUAUAUAGAGAGGCAUUUAGUUGAUCCCUAUCCCUCUCCCCUUUAAAAAAAAAAAAUCAUAAGCAGAUUGCCAGCGUAAUGCAGAGGAUCCCAGAUUGGAUAGGACUCCUUCUCAUGCCUCUGUUAGUGUCAUGUUUGUGUGUCCAACUGGAUGUUAUCCUCUCACUGUCUGGCACUAAUUUAUAGCUGUUCUAUUAUGAGAUGCUAUGUGGCAGUGUAUCGGUGCACGGAAAGCAUCCAGGCCUGCAUAGCUGUUUGUAUCUGCACACCAGGCCUUACUCAUGUCUCAGUAGAUUCAAAGCAACAGAUUGGCCUCUUCCUUUUGUAGCAGGUCAGCACCACUUCUCCAUGAGUGCUGGUGCUUCCCCCAGAGUAAUGACUGAGGUGGCGGAAAACGGCUACAUUUUAUUCAUACUGUGUUUUGUACUCAACCUUAAAAGUAAUCUACCUCUUAAAAUUUGUAGUUUAAUACUUGUUUGAUGAAUUUGUGCCACUUUAAUCUUUCACUAUCAUUCCCAUUUUGUUACAUUUUUCUGUUAAGGAGACUUUAUGUUGGAAUACUGUAUAAAGCAUUUGUAGCUGUUUAAAAAUAAAAUAUUUAAAAUUAUUUAAAUUGUUUUGGGUGCUUCAAUUGUAUUCUGUGAUUUAGAGCUUCCAUUUGUGUUUGCAUUGUUAAUCCGGACAGUGUCUGCUGUACUGAAGUUUGCUGUUAGUUAUUUUAUUGCUUCUUGUCGCAAAGUGCUUUAAAGAUUAUUCUAAUGAAAACAUUAAAAUUUAUAAUUUGACAUACAAAAGGGAUUGUUGAUUGAUUUUAACCAAUGUAGCCUUGACAGAGUUUUUAUUACAGACACACAUGAGUGAUGCUUGCUACUUUGCCCUGUUAGCAUGGACACAUCCUCUGUCAGAUGUCUAAGAAGGCUCUUUUUUCAUGUUAUUUAAAAUACCUGAUAACUAGGGGAGACUUGGAUGAUACAAUCUAUAUCAUUGUAACUAAUAAACACUUUGUAAACA